AUGCAUGCGCAUGCGCUGCCAUUGGGGCAGAGGGCGCAGCUGCUGAGGCCGCGAACCCUCUGGGAGCGAUUUGACCUGUGGCCGUUUGCUGCUGCUGCGCUGCUGCUGCUGGCUCUCGCCAUAGGCGAGCAUGAGGCAGCGGACGCUGCGGCUGCAGCCGCAGCAGCUGGCGCUGCUGCAGCUUCAGCAUCAGCGGCUUCGGCUGCAGCAGGAAGGGAUGCUGCGGCAGCAGCACCGCCGGCCUACGCAGCUGUAGGUGUCACUGCAAGCUCGACUGAAGGUCUCUCAGCAGGCCCGACAGAAGCUGCAGCAACUGCAGCAGCAGCAGCAGUAACAGCAGUUCCUGCUGUAACGACCGCCGCAGACGAGAGCUCAGCAGCAACGGUGGAGGAGGCGGAGGCGCUGCCAUGGCUGCUACAGACGCCCUGCUCGGUUUUGCUGCUGUUGCUGCUGCUGUCAUGGGGUGGCUUGAUGCUCGCCAGCAGCUGGGUGCUGCGGCUGAGGCGCUGGAAGGACUACCGGACGUGCAACUCGGCAGCAGCAGAAGCGACGGCAAGGGGAGCACCAGCAGCAGCAACUCACGUCUUCGUUGCUGCUGGAGCAGAAGACAAGGAGGACUUUCUUGUUCCCAUCGAGCUGCUGCAGUGCACAGCAGCAGCAGCUGCGGCUCCUGACGUAACGAAGAAGCCCCAGAACUCCAAAGAUGCCCACAGGCACCACCACCAGCAGCAACAGCAGCAGCAGAAGCAGCAGCAGCAGAAGCAGCAGCAGCAGCAGCAGCACUUUGAGCUGCUCAUAACCCUCAGGGGUCAGCGCUACUUGUACGACUUGAAUAAAGCAGAUUUCUUCCCAGUGGAGGCCCCGCAGCAUUUGCCGCUGCGCAGCUACUUGGACUGGACAGGGCUGAUAGAGUUCCCUGCAGCAGCAGCAGCAGCAGCAGCAGCGGGAACAGCAGCGGCAGCAGCAGCAAGGGGGAACAUGGAUAAGUUCGCAAGGGACGCCAGGCUGCGGUUUGGCCGCAAUUGCUGCGAAGUGCCAGUGCCUUCAUUUGGCGUGCUGCUGCAGCAGCAGCUGCUGUCGCCCUUCUUCUGCUUCCAAACAGCUUGCGUUUGUCUUUGGCUGUUGGAUGGCUACUGGGGCUUCCCUCUAUUGACCCUCGUCUUGCUAAUCAUUGUCGAGGCUCAGACUGCGCUGAAGCACCGGAGGGAGCUGCUGAGAGUGCGGAAGAUGCAGCAGGUGCCUCCUCGGGUGUACGUACACCGCAAGCUCUGCAGCAACAACAGCAGCACUUGCUCGUGGAAGCUCGUUGACGCAGCAGAGCUUCUGCCUGGUGACGUUUUCUGCUGGGACCUUAGCAGCAGCAGCAGCAGCAGCAGCAGCAGCGGUUCCAUCCUGGCCCCAGUGGACGGUUUGCUGCUGCAGGGAACUGCUGUGAUCGACGAGUCUCUGCUGACGGGAGAGGCCAUUCCCCAAGCAAAGGCGGCUUUGUCGCUGACUGCUGCAGAAGUCGGGGCCCUUGAUGAGGCCCUUGACCUCCAGGGCAAACACAAACAGUUUGCCUUCUUUGCAGGCACUUCUUUGUUGGCUGCGGACAAUGACAAGGGUCCGGGUCUUCAAUGCUGCAGACCUCCAAGCGCCUCCCCCGUAGCCUUAGCAGUUCGCACGGGAUUUGCCACCACCGAAGGACAGUUGCUGCGAACUUUAAUGGAAACAACAAAUGCGCCGCAUUCGAGCAGCAGAGAAGGCUGGGUGUUUCUAUUUGUGCUGCUGUUGCUGGCGCUGUGCUGCUGCUGCUACGUGACGUUCACGUCUCCUGUCUCCCCCUUUUCUUACUUUUACACUACGCUGCCUCCACUGCUGCAGUUCCUGCAGCCGUCAUCUGAGCAGCUGCAGCAGGAGCUGCAGCAGCUGCAGCUGCAGCCACAGCAAUACCGCAAACCCUCCAUGUGGCGGCUGCUGUUGUCCCUCUCUCACAUCAUCACUUCUGUUGUUCCCCCGGAGUUCCCGAUGCUCCUUUCUCUCACUCUCACUGUCGGCGUUCUACAUCUUGCCAGGGCUGGCAUCUGCUGCACAGACACGCUGAAGCUUGCUGCGGCUGGUGGAGUGCGCGUAACUGCCUUCGACAAGACGGGCACUCUCACUUACCACAACUAUGACUUGCUGGGCGUCUUCGGUGUUGGCAACAAACCCCAAGACCACGACAAAGAGCAGAAGCAGCAGCAGCAGCAGCAGCAGCAAGCAAAAAAAGGCUCGCCAGUCGCAGCGAACGCAGGCACAAGCCACAGGCCUUCGCUGCUGCCGAGACAGGCACGCCCCACCAACAGCAGCAGCAACACCCAUGGCAGCAGAAAUGGCUGCUGCUCUGUCUGCUGUAGUAUUCUGCAGCUUAGGGAGCUGCCGCUGCUGACAGCUCUUGCUGUUGGCUCCUGCCACUGUCUCAGGCCCGACAGCAAAGGAGUGCUCGUAGGGGACCCUCUGGAGCUUGCUGCCUUCAAGAGCUUCGGCUGGCAGCUCACUUCCCAGAGAACCGCCAUGCUAGCAAUGAAUGCUCGCCUCAACAAGGAACUGACGUCCCGCCAGCUGCAGCUGUACCUUGACCGCUACGCCCUGCCGCAGCAGCAACAGCAGCAGCAGCAACAGCAGCAGCAGCAACAGCAGCAGCAACAGCAGCAGCACCAGCAAGCGGCGGGAGAGGCAACGUCUCCUGCCUUUGCUAGUGCUUCCCCUCCAACACCUCUAUCCCCGCGCCAGCAGCAGGUGCUGCCGUCAGUGCAGCAGCAGCUGUUCAUGCGCCAGCAGCAGUUUGCAGGAGCUGCGAUGGCAGCAGCAGCAGCAAUACCAGCAGCGGCAGCAGAGUCCACGGCCAAGCUUCUCGCUGCGCUGCGGCCAAUGCCUGCGCCGGACCGUCGCGUGUAG